AUGUUUAUUUCACCCGAACGAUUGGCAACUAUCAUUAAAUUUGUGGAGGAGAAUCAUAUUGGCCUUUUACGUAGUCCGCCAUCGUCAGGAAAGAGUACUCUCGGUGAAUAUCUCCACGAAAUUUACGAUGAAAAAGUCACCACCACAGGCCCCAAAGGCUCCAACCAUGACGAAGCUAAUUUUGUUCGCCUUGUGUUAAUUAGAAGUCAAUGUGGAACUCCAUUUUUGUUAAUUAUAAUUCAAAUCCUGUUGCCAGGAAAUUUCUUAAAUCCGAAUGAAUCAAUAAGUGCUGAUGUUGGUCCUGUGUUCGGUUCGGCUGGUUUCCUUGAUUUUUAUGUUAAUGGAGAUUGUUGCUGGGGAAUUGAGCUUACUCGAGAAGGUAGUCUUUUGAAGAAACACGAAGAACGAUUCGAAAAUGAUGGUAUAUAUGACAAAAUUUCAUUGAGACGUUGA